AUGCCCUGUCUCUUACUUACCUCCACCCACUCUUCCCUACCCCACCCUCAGCUCGCCAACAUCCAGCCGAUGCUCGAGUCAAUGGCUGCUUCCCCUCUCCAUCUGCCCCUUCCAUGUGCCCCUUCCAUCUGCCCCUUCCAUUGCCCCUCCAUUUCUCAAACCGUGUCUUCACCACCCACUCCCCCACGCCCUCCUCCCUCCCCCACCCUCAGCUCGCCAACAUCCAGCACACGCUCGACAUCGCCAGCUCAGCAGCAGCACGGAGUGGACGGAUUGGUCCGGGAGCUCGUCCUACAUGGCGCCAGUGAGGACUGGGCCCGAGGCUACAUCGCCGAAGCUCUGCUCCGGCCGAACGUGGCUGCACCCAAGCCUCUGGCUGUUGCCAUUGCAUCCGGGCCUCCCUCUCCCCGUGCUUCUGCUUCACACCACGAGUGUUCACAGCACGAGCUGCAGCAGUACGCACAGGCCAUCCGCAGUGCCUAUGUGGAUGCAUCCAUGAGUGCCUCUGAGCGCGAGGUCGGCACCAGCCUCUUUGUCGAGGAGCUGGUGGCGAUGGGCGGCAAGGAGGUGGAGCAGUGGGCGAGGUCCUUUGUGGCUCAAUCGCUGGCCACAGAAGUGCGCAAGCGCAAGGUCGUGCGCGCUUAG